AUGCAUCAUUCCGCUGCAUUUGAAUGGCAACAGAAUCUCGCAUCUCCAGCUAAAAAUGGCAAAGGUGCUAGGCCAGCUUCCCAGAGCCAGGUAGAGUUCAUUAAGCUGAGGAACCCGAAUCUUGCCUCCAAGGGACAAAAUAAACUAUGGGCUAAAAAACUGAACGGCCACGCGACCCCUGUUGUUCAGCCACUGAAAAGACCAGAGCCAGUUUUAACACAUACCAGACGUUCCCGUCGCUUGCAAUUGAGCAAUCAUAGUAUAAGAGGGCUAGGUGAGAUAAAUAACGAUUUUAUUCCUCCAUCACCUUCGCUACAGCGUACUUUAGCUCUAGCCCCGGCAGAUCCUAUGGAUGGGCCCAAGGUCUUGAGGUUGGCCGAUGGAGUAGAGGUAUUCAUGUCCGAUACGUCAGAUUCUGGCACGGAAAACUUUGACUGUCAGCCAUUCUUCCAUGCUCAUGAUUAUGAAAGUCGCUUGGAGAAGGAUGACUAUGAGUCAAUCAUUAAUAAGAUGAUUCAAGGUGAAAUGAACAAUAAACAUCCUCUAUAUCAAAGAGAAUUGGAGUUUCAACAGCUGCAAAAAAUGGUGGGUAAAAGCGAUUAUGUUAUGUACUACAUCUUUGGGAUUGAUAAGAUGGGAUUUUUCAAACUGAGAAGCGAACGAAAUGCAUUUCUGGAGAAUGUAUGUGAUACUUAUACGCAUCCGUUGAGAUAUGGCGAAAGCAAAAGUUCAAGCUCGAGCGAUCGAACAGAUGGUGAAGAUAAUGACUCUCAAGUAGAUGAAGAGCUAAACGCUAACCAUUCAUCUCAUUCUUUAGUGUGA